AUGCUGGCUUUCCUUAUGUUUGGUUUUGGCGGUAUUGAAUUAGUUGGUAUGGCUGCGGCUGAAGCCAAAGACCCAGAAAAAACCAUUCCUAAAGCGAUUAAUCAAGUUGUGCCACGUAUCCUUAUUUUUUACGUAGGUUCGAUGAUUAUUCUGUUGUCUUUGGUGCCUUGGAACCAGUUGAAUUUUGGUGGUUUAGAUAAAAGUCCAUUCGUGAUGGUCUUUAGUAUGAUUGGGAUUGCCUGGGCAGCUCAUCUGGUUGUGUACCUUUAA